AUGUCACCGGUACCAAAUACAUGGAGAUUUGAUCCGAGUCCCACCAAGAGAGCUCAACGUGAUGAGUUCCCCUUGGCCAUUCGCAGCAUGGGGCAUGGAUGUUAUUGGUCCCAUCGAGCAGCCGCCUCAAAUGGACAUAAAUUCAUUUUGGUUGCCAUCGACUAUUUUACCAAAUGGGUAGAAGCUACCUCGUAUAAAUUUGUGACAAAGAAGGUAGUGGCAUACUUUGUUCGCAACAACAUAAUAUGUCGAUUUGGGGUUCCAGAAUCCAUCAUAACGAACAAUAGAGCAAAUCUGAAUAGUCACUUGAUGAAGGAGAUAUGUGAGCAAUUCAAGAUCACUCAUCGCAACUCAACCGCUUAUCGACCUCAGAUGAAUGGAGCAGUGGAGGCCGCCAAUAAAAAUAUCAAGAGGAUAUUGAGGAAGAUGAUUGAUAACUACAGGUGUUGGCAUGAGAAUUUGCCUUACGCUUUGUUGGGUUACCGCACAACGGCCCGAACUUCAACUGGGGAAACUCCCUACCUAUUGGUACAUGGAACAGAAGCAGUGAUACCAGCUGAGGUAGAGAUACCAUCAUUAAGAAUCAUCCAGGAAGCCGAAUUGAGCGAUGCCAAUUGGGUUCGCAGCUGA